CACGAUACUCGUGGCUCUUGUUGCAAUGUCCGGAUUGAUUCUUGCGGUUAUUCUCGUGAAGUUUUUGCAAAGCCAGAACUCUGAUAAAAAUUCUGAGAAAGACAAUCCAACAGAAGGGAGAAUGCAAGGAAAAGUGAUCGAUAAAUGGUCAGGGCUCUAUAAAUUCACAAAGGCUGAGAUCGAGAAGGCCAUAAACUACGGUAAUACAAAGGUGUGCCUCGGCUCGGGGAGUGCAGGCCAAGUCUACCAGGGUGUUCUUCCUAGUGGCCAGCUCGUAGCGAUUAAGCACAUAUUUAAGACUGCAAUGUUGGAAUCUUUCACUUGGGAGGUCGAAGGCCUCUCGAGGAUACGCCAUGUGAACUUGGUUGGCCUCUUUGGCUAUUGUGAUGAGGAUGGAGAGAAAUACUUGGUUUAUGAGUACUGUUCUAAUGGAAAUCUGGCUCACAACCUUUUAAGGAAUGAUUCAGUUCUUUCAUGGGCUACAAGAGUGAAUAUUCUGAGAGAUUGUGCUGUUGCUCUGAGGUUUCUUCACACUCAUCCCGAUGGCUGUAUUGUUCAUAGAGAUAUCAAGCUAACAAACAUACUAUUGACGGAGAAUAUGAAGCCAAAGCUCGCAGACUUUGGCUUGGCGAAGUUGCUCAAGAUGGAAGAGAGCAAAGUUUUCACAGAUGUUAGGGGAACCAUAGGCUACAUGGAUCCCGAGUACAUAGUUCAUGCCAAGCUUACUUGUGCCAGUGAUAUUUACAGCUUCGGCAUCGUGGCCUUGCAACUUCUAUCCGGCCGAAAAGUGAUCGAGUUGGACAUUCAAGCACGCGAUUCUCUAACAAAGAGGGCAAAAGAUGUUGUUAAUGGAAAGAGACCAAUCGACGAUAUCAUCGACUCGAGGCUUAAAGGGGAGCUCAACUUAGGAGACUUCGAAUCGAUAUUACAAGUUGCCGUUCUUUGCGUUGCUAGCUCGAGCAAAGGGCGCCCGACAAUAAAGGAUCUCGUCGAGGAGAUGGAUAGAGCAUGCAGUAACACAUCCGGCAUGGCUGCGCGAACAAGGAAAGUGACCCACAUGCAAUCCCUCUCAGUAUCGCUCUCUUCGGAAAUGAGUGAAGUGUAGAUAUAUAUGUAAGAUA